AUGUCUUCGAGCGAAAAGAGUCCUUUCUGGGUCGAGUCUGAGGAUUGGCAUACUGCCGGCGAGCCUUUCCGCAUCGUGGACAAGCUGCCACAAGGCUAUCUACCCGAGGCGCAGACCGUAGCCGAUCGUCGUUUCGCAGUCAUCAAAACUCCCGGGCACCCGUUAGAUGAGCUUCGCCAAUCACUAUGCCACGAGCCCCGCGGCCACGCCGAUAUGUACGGGGGCUUCAUCACGCCGCCUGAUGACUCCGGGGCUCAUUUUGGGGUCAUGUUCUGGCAUAAAGACGGAUUUUCGACUGCAUGUGGGCAUGGAACCAUCGCUCUGGGAUACUGGGCUGUUGCGAAAGGUCUCAUCGAAGUACCUAAAGGCGACGGAGCUAUUGAUGUCGUUAUCGAUGUUCCUUCUGGGCGAGUGGUUGCUAGCGUCAGCGUCAAGCAGGGCAAGCCUGUCCAUGCCGACUUUGUCAACGUGUUGAGCUACCAACUUGUCAAGGACCUCGAGGUCCAGAUCCCGUCUCAUGAUGCAACUAUUAAGGUCAACCUGGCCUUUGCUGGUGCCGUCUACGCUACGCUGGAUGCAUCUCAGCUCGGACUUGUGGUUGAGCCUGGCAGCCACCAGGCCUUCAUCAGACUCGGCAGAGAGAUCAAAGCUUCCAUUGGUGAUAAGGCCACCUAUGGCACCUACGAUCUCUAUGGCGUGAUAUUUUACAACGAAGAGGGCGAUGUCAAUAAUGAGGGAGACGAAGUAAAACAGAGAAACGUCACCGUCUUUGCUGAUGGGCAGAUUGAUCGUUCUCCAUGCGGUUCGGGAACCUGCGCGAGACUUGCUGUGCUGCUUGCCCAGGGAAGGAUAGCAUCGGGUCGCUCCAAACUCAUGCACCAGUCCAUCGUUUCCACCCGCUUCCAAGCCGACAUUGUGUCCGAGGAGACAAGUCCUGUGGAAGGCUUCCCUGCCUGUAUCCCUCGCGUCCGGGGACAUGCCAGCCUGGUCGGGCGCAUGAACUUCUACAUCGAUCCUUCUGAUCCGGUUUACCCCGGCUUUCUUCUCCGGUAA